AUGCCCACAGCUCUGAACUCCUUGGAGGAGAGGAGACUCUUGGCUUCUGGCCCCUCCCAGAUGAGCGAAGAUGAUCUCCCCGGGGACCUGCAGUCGCUGUCAUGGCUAACAUCCGUUGAUGUCCCCAGGCUGCAGCAGAUGGCCAGUGAAAGAAUGGAUUUUGGCAUGAACUCCCAGAGUGCAGCAGUGCAGCAGACGGGUUUCCAUGCCAGGGAAUAUGCUCGCCCCGGGGCCCCCAGCACAAUGAUUCACAUCCAGGCCAGCCUGCCCCAAGGAAUUCUGGGACUGAAUACAGUUUCAUCACAUGGAACGAAUAUGAGUCGCUAUGCAGCCAGUGGGCAGCCCCCUCCCAGCCUGCAGCCACAGCAGCACCCCCCGCUCUUCUCUCCUCCGUCCUGUGCCGCUCAGCAGGUGUUCGCCAUCACACACAAUCCACAACAGUGUUCCCCAGCCGCAAUCUUCAGCACGUCCUACGGCACACAGCCUCCGUAUUCACAGCCUCGCCUGGCUCCCCACGCCGCCCAAGAGCUGCAUGCCAAGCACUACCCAAAGCCCAUCUACUCCUACAGCUGCCUGAUAGCCAUGGCUCUGAAGAACAGCAAGACGGGCAGCCUCCCCGUCAGCGAGAUCUACAGCUUCAUGAAAGAGCAUUUCCCCUACUUCAAGACGGCCCCCGAUGGCUGGAAGAAUUCCGUCCGCCACAACCUGUCCCUGAACAAAUGCUUUGAGAAGGUGGAGAACAAGCUGAGCGGCACCUCCCGGAAGGGCUGCCUCUGGGCCCUCAACCCAGCCAAGAUAGACAAGAUGGAGGAGGAAAUGCAGAAAUGGAAGAGGAAAGACCUGGCCGCUAUUCACAGGAGCAUGGCAAACCCAGAAGAGCUGGACAAACUCAUCACAGACCGGCCCGAGAACUGCAGGAGGCUAAACAAGCCAGCAGAGGCAGAAGUUUCCGCCCUGAGUCACGCGGCAGCCGCCCAAGGCCGGAUCGGGCAGCUGCAACCCCAGCCGGUCAUGACGCUGUCACUGCAGGCCGUCCCCUUGCACCACCAGCUCCAGACGCAGACGUGCAUGACUCCUGAUUCGCCAGCUCCCGCGCAGACCCCACCCCUCCAUGCCCUGCGCAACAUAAACCAGAGCCCCCUCCCUCAGCACCUGGUGAGCCGUGGACCGGAUUUCCUCAGUGUGGCAACUGACAUGAGCACAGAGGUAGACGCGCUGGAUCCCAGCAUCAUGGACUUCGCACUCCAAGGUAACAUCUGGGACGAGAUGAAAGAUGAGAGCUUCAGCCUGGAGACCUUGGGCGCCUUCAGCAACUCCCCUCUCACACUCGCAGACUGCGACCUCCUCUCAUCGGGCGUCACCCCGGUUUCCAGCAGUAGCGGCGGCAGCGACCGCUCCUUUGCAGACUUGCAAGUGACAGGCCUCUACACCACCUACACAACUCUGGACACCGUCUCAUCAGCCCAGUACAUCAGCAGUCAAGGGAAUAAGCCCAUCGCCCUGCUCUGAAAAGGGACCCAUC